UCCCCGGGGCGGGGCCAGACGGCCGGUCCUCAGCCUUGGGAGGCCAAGUGGCUGGCCCUGGUGCCCACUGCAGAGCUGAGCCGAGCAGAACCGCAGCUGCAGCGCCAUCAUGACGAGAAUCCUGGUUCCCAAGCUGUCCCUGCUCCUGGUGGCGCUGCUGCUGAGCGUUGCGUCCGGCUUCGGGAAUGUCUCUCGGAGGACAUUUGUGCUGGACUACAGGCAGGACCGCUUCCUCAAGGAUGGCCAGCCAUUCCGCUACAUCUCGGGAAGCAUCCACUACUUCAGGGUGCCCAGCUUCUACUGGAAGGACCGGCUGCUGAAGAUGAAGAUGGCCGGGCUGAACGCCAUCCAGAUGUACAUACCCUGGAACUUCCAUGAACCCCAGCCAGGACAGUACCAGUUUUCUGGGGACCAUGAUGUGGAAUAUUUCAUUCAACUGGCUCAUAAGUUGGGACUGCUGGUGAUCCUGAGGCCUGGGCCCUACAUCUGUGCAGAGUGGGACAUGGGAGGAUUACCUGCUUGGCUACUAGAGAAAGAAUCUAUUGUUCUCCGCUCUUCUGACCUAGACUAUCUUGCAGCUGUGGAUAAGUGGUUGGCAGUCCUUCUGCCCAAGAUGAAGCCUCUCCUCUACCAGAAUGGAGGGCCCAUUAUAAUGGUGCAGGUUGAAAAUGAAUACGGCUCCUAUUUUGCCUGUGACUACAACUACCUGCGCUUCCUGGAACAGCGCUUCCACUACCAUCUGGGCAAAGAUGUGCUUCUCUUCACCACCGAUGGGGCAGAUGAAAAAUACCUGCGCUGCGGCACCCUGCAGGGCCUCUAUGCCACAGUGGACUUCGGACCAGUCAGCAAUAUCACACAGUCUUUUCUAAUCCAGAGGAAGUUCGAGCCCAAAGGACCUUUGAUCAAUUCUGAAUUCUAUACUGGCUGGUUAGACCACUGGGGCCAGCCUCACUCCACAGUCAAGACUGAAGUAUUGGCCGCUUCCCUCUAUGAUGUCCUUGCCCGGGGGGCAAAUGUGAACAUGUACAUGUUUAUAGGUGGGACCAACUUUGCCUAUUGGAAUGGAGCCAACAUGCCCUAUGCAGCACAGCCCACCAGCUACGACUAUGAUGCCCCAUUGAGUGAGGCAGGGGACCUCACUGAGAAGUAUUUUGUUCUUCGAAAGGUCAUCCAGAAGUUUAAAGAAGUCCCAGAAGGUCCUAUCCCACCAUCUACACCAAAGUUUGCAUAUGGAAAAGUCGCUCUGAAAAAGUUCAAGACAGUGGCUGCAGCUCUGGAUCUCCUGUGUCCCAAUGGGCCUGUGAAAAGCCUGUAUCCCUUGACAUUCGUCCAGGUGAAGCAGUAUUUUGGGUUUGUGCUGUACCGUACAACACUGCCUCAGGACUGCAGUAAUUCCACAUCUGUUUUAUCUACAUCCUUCAAUGGCAUCCACGAUCGGGCCUAUGUAGCUGUGGAUGGGGUCCCUCAAGGAGUCCUGGAGCGAAACAGAGCGGCAACUCUCAACAUACAGGGGAAAGCUGGAGCUACUUUGGACAUUAUGGUAGAGAACAUGGGGCGCGUGAACUAUGGCAGAUACAUGGAUGAUUUCAAGGGUUUGAUUUCUAAUCUGACCCUCAACUCCAGUAUCCUCACAAACUGGACAAUCUUCCCGCUGGACACUGAAGCAGCAGUUCAAAGCCACUUGGGGGGCUGGGAGGCCCAUGAUGGCGCCCGCCAUGAUGGACACUUGACUUUCCAGCCAUUGAACUUAACACUUCCCGCCUUUUAUAUAGGCAACUUCUCCAUUCCCUCGGGCAUCCCAGAUUUGCCUCAGGACACUUUCAUCCAGUUUCCCGGAUGGACCAAGGGCCAAGUGUGGAUCAAUGGCUUUAAUCUUGGACGAUACUGGCCUGCACGGGGCCCGCAGAUGACCUUGUUUGUGCCAAGUCACAUCCUGACAACCUCAGCCCCAAACAACAUCACGGUGCUGGAACUGGAGUGUGCGCCCUGCAGUGACCAAGCCCCAGAGCUGUGUACUGUGGAGCUGGUCGACAAGCCAGUUAUUAACAAAAACCUAACCAUCAAGGGUCAUUCUCCAGUCUUUUUUCAUCAAGACUCGUGGGAGACCGCCUUUGAUUACUGAGGACCUGAGGACCUCUGGGACAUCAGGCCUGUGCUAGCCUCAGGCUACCUUUGUCAUUCUGACAUUCUCUAGAGAGUUAGAUUGGUUUCCUGCAGCCCCACAUACCCAACCUUCCACCCUCAUGGCCACCAGGAAUGUUCAAGGGAGUGGAUGUCACAGGAAUACACAAUGAUCUGCAGAACUGGAAUGGAAGCUUGAAUCAUGUCCCUGAUUUUGAUUUGGAAUAAUCAUGUUGUCUUUCUAUUGAAUAAAAUUUGUACUAAAGUGGU